UAUAUAAGGAACUUCUGUUAUGAGCCAAAAACUCACACACACGCUUAUCCCACUUUUACACAUAGAUUUAGAUAUACAUUAUAGAAAGAAGAGAGAAUUGUAAGUAGUGUGAGAAUCAUGGAUAUGAAGGAGAAAGCUGCAGGUAUGGAGAAUGGAGGUGAGAAAGUAGAAGUAACCAAAGAGCUUAACUACAGAGGAGUCAAAGCCAUGCCUUUUAUUAUAGGGAAUGAGACAUUUGAGAAGCUAGGAACGAUUGGGACAUCUACAAAUCUACUUGUUUACCUAACCACGGUAUUCAAUAUGAAGUCGAUAACGGCUACUAAUCUUAUCUACGUAUUCAACGGUACUUGUAACUUCGGUACCCUAGGUGGAGCUUUUCUUUCUGACACUUAUUUCGGUCGGUACAAGGUCUUAGGAACGGCUUCAUGUUCAUCAUUCCUGGGGAUGCUUGUGUUAACAUUAACAGCAGCAGUCACAACACUUCAUCCACCUGAUUGUGUAAACGCCCCAUGUGUCGGACCAACACCAUGGCAAAUGGCUUUCUUGCUCUCUGGUUUCGUGUUUCUAAUCAUAGGAGCUAGUGGGAUCCGACCAUGUAACUUGGCUUUUGGUGCAGACCAAUUCAACCCGAAUACAGAAUCUGGCCAAAGGGGAAUCGCAAGUUUCUUCAACUGGUACUACUUCACAUUCACUUUCGCUAUGAUGGUAUCAUUGACUAUCAUUGUCUAUGUGCAAGCCAAUAUCAAUUGGGCCAUCGGGUUAGCUAUCCCUACGUUCCUUAUGUUCCUAUCAUGUGCCGUGUUCUUUGUGGGUACGAGGAUUUACGUCAGGGUGUUGCCCGAUGGCAGCCCUUUAACAAGUAUUUUUCAAGUCCUUGUGGCCACUGUGAAGAAGAGAAAAUUGAAGAUUCCAGAGGAACCAACAGUUUCCCUAUUUAAUCGUGUCUCCUCGAAAUCCAUCAACUUAAAGCUUCCAUACAGCACACAACUCAAGUUUCUCAAUAAAGCUGCGAUCAUAUCCCCAGACGACAAAAUUAACCCAGAUGGAACAUCAAAAAACCAAUGGACACUUUGUAGUAUCCAACAAAUAGAAGAAGUGAAAUGUGUGAUCAAAACUAUUCCAAUUUGGUUAUCUUGCAUAAUGUACAAUGUUUCAAUCAACCAAAUGCAAACCUACACGGUCUUUCAAGCACUACAAUCCGACCGAAGACUUAAGCCAAGCUCAUUCCAGGUUCCAGCUGCAUCCUACUCGGUCUUCCAAAUGCUAGCCCUUACCGUAUGGAUCCCAAUUUACGACCAAAUCAUAGUUCCAUCUCUCCGGAAAAUAACAGGCAAGAGACAAGGAAUUUCACUCCUUCAAAGAAUUGGAGUCGGAAUAAGCAUUGCCAUUUUCACAAUGCUUGUUGCAGCUAUAAUCGAAACAAAAAGAAGAGAUGUAGCCCAUUCCAAGCCAACACUCGGGGUUGAAAGAGGAAAGGGUGAAAUUUCAUCAAUGUCAGCCUAUUGGUUAGUGAUUCAAUUGUUGGUGGCCGGGCUAUCAGAAGGGUUUGCCAUCAUUGGUUUUGUAGAGUUUUUCUAUAGGGAGUUUCCUGAAAACAUGAAGAGUUUCGCGGGCUCUUUCUUGUUCUGUGGGCUAGGUAUGUCGAGUUACUUUAGUAAUUUCUUGAUAACGAUCGUUCAUAGAACGACUCGUGAAGGCGGGUCUAGAAACUGGUUAGCUCAAGACUUGAACGAGGCAAAGCUAGAUUACUAUUAUUAUUUAUGCAUGGGGUUAAUGGUGUUAAACUUUUUCUACUAUUUGAUGGUCGCAAAAUGGUAUAAAUACAAAGGAACCGGAGAAGAAUCAGCUGACGUGGCAUUAGAAGAUAUGUCUACCCAGAAACAUAUUGUUUGAAUACGUUCAAACUUUGAGGGUUUUACUUAAAGAUCAUAUUUCCUAUAUUUAGUGUUUAUGUAGCCAGAUUUGUGGAUGCACGUUAGUAUAUAUGGUGAUUGGAACUUUACAAUAGUUUGGAUUUCGGACCGUGUAUAUAAUAUGCUAUAAGCGGAAUAUUGGAAUUCAUAUCUUUCAGAUAAUUUAUUUCAACUAGCUUACAAAUAUCA